AAGAGUUUUAAAAAAAUAUUUUGCUAGCUUAUUAAAUUAUCACAUAAUAAAAUAAUUUAUAAAUUGUCAAUUGAAAAUGAUUUUAAAAAUAUUUACUGCGAUAUUAUUUUUGUUAUGUAUUGUAAAGCUAAAAAAAUGUUAUGGCAUAAAAUUUUGGAAGACAAAAGAUGAAUCAUUAGAAAGAGUUUUAAAAUUAGAUACUGGAUUCGAGUAUCCUAGCUAUGAAGAUCUAUGCAAUUUGUCAUUGGAAGAUUUCAAAAACAAAAUCUUCCCAGAAGAUAAUUCAAUAAGAGGGAACUACCUAAAACGUUUAUUAAUAAAGUCAAAAACGCACUUUAUACGGUUGGAUCUUAUUUGUGGUAAUACAUUCAAUUUUCUUCAAUAUUUGAAUCUUAUUUCUUCUUUAAUUGAAUUGCCAUCUGGACAAACAUAUGAUAUAAACAGAAUUAUUUUAAACGAAUCGAUUACAAAACAAAUUUUAGUUAUUUUGACUAAGUAUAAUCCCCUAAAAAAAAAUGACGCUUUUUGGGCAAUGCAUUUUUAUACUUCAUAUAUUCGAAUCUUUGGUAAUGAAAUAUAUCAAUAUCCAUAUAAUAUUGUAGAUACUCAUCUAACACUUCGCUCAAUGUUAAUAUUUGUAUCUUUUUGCAUGUGUCGAGAUAAUAAUAAGUAUGACGUAAGAGGUAUUCCUUCAGUUAUUUCGGAACAAUAUUCAACUCUCACGAACCUUUUAGAUGUUAUGAAUCAAAGAAGAGAAAUCAACAAAAAUGUAUUGGAAAUUGUAGACAAAGAAGAAAGUGCAUUCUCACUCAGAAGUAUUUAUAUGUGCGACAUAAUUGAAAAAAAAGAAUUAUUGAGAACUGCUAUAAUGGAUUUCGGUGAACAAAGUAAAGAUACUUUUGAUGCUAUCUAUAAUGACAUACAUAAAGCAUACAAAGCAGCAAAGAAUUACUUUAAAUUUGAUUUAUGGAUAAAACGAAUUGGAGUUUAUCAACGAAAAGUCUUAAACGUUUUUAAAACCAUUUUAAUGCAUUUAAUGAAAAAGCACUUUAUCUACAGUUAUUUACUGUUAGACAAUGAACAAAUAGAUUCUGCAAAAUUUUUGAUAGAAAAAAUAGCAAAUUUAUUUCAGAAGAUGACUAUGCUAUUUGAUGGCGUAGAAGCUCGUGAUUUUCAAAAAAUUUUAAAAUCUUUUACAAAUUUACCCUCAGAUAAUAAAAAUUUUAUAUAUUAUCAUGGUGUAUUGAUUUCAAAUAUUGUAUGUAUAAUAGAUAAAAUAAAAUCCAACUCUUUUAAAUUAAUUUCAAAUGAUUUAAUUAGACACCCAGACUAUGAAUCGAAUAUCCAUAUUGAAAUUAAAAUGUAUAUUUUAAGAAAUGACUUAGAUGAAAAUGAAUUAAAAAAUAUUCAAUAUUUAUGGUCAAUUUCAGAUUCUAAAGGAAUGAAUGAUAAUUUUGUAAGAAUAUAUUUGUUUACGAAGUUAAUAAAUAAAUUAUUCCAUAAUAUAAGCAUAAUAAGUAUUUUAUCAUGUUUAAAAUUUUGUGAAUCUUUCGAAAUACAAAGUUUAAAUAACCAUGGUAAUGUAGACUAUGAAAAUGAGGAAAGAGUAUUAGAAUUGUAAAACAUAUUUUGUUAAAGCAAUCUUCAAUCAAUUAUUUACAAUUAUAAAUUGAAUUUUUUAAUUCAAACUUAUAUUAAAUUUACAUGUUUUAGCAGUAAAAAAAACCAUAGCUAAUGAAAACACUUGGUUUGCGCGUAGGCAUAUAACAAGAUUUUAAUAUUGUAAGAACCUACCAGGAAUCCAUUUUUGGACUAUUUUUAUAUAUAUAUUUAUAUAAGGUAUUUUACCUUCCAAAUAAACGAAAUUUCGUUUUAUAAUAAACAAUAUUGUAAUAUCAUAAUAUACUCGUUACUAUCAUAAUAUGUAAUAUCAUUAAGCUACUUUAUUUGUAUCCACAAUAAUGUUUGUUCAUUUAAUCUUUUCAUUUAAGAUAGUUAACACUUUUAUUUAAAAAUUAUAUUAAUUUCUUAGAAUAACAUGAUUGUUUUUAAAUAAUCAAUUUAAAUUAAUAAUUGUGUUAGAUACACAUUAAUGUGAGGUGAUGCGAUACAUUUAAUUUAAUAUGAAAACACGGUAAGUGAGGGAGAGCAGGUCAGUCGAUCACAUCAUACACGUUUGUGUUUGUCACAACGGGUAUGCCGCUGACACAACGCAAUUUGUUUUUUUAUAUUUUUUCCUGUAGCCGUCUAGUAUUCCGGAGAUUCCGCGUUUUUUUAUAUAAUAUACGCCGCGACCUUCAAUGUUUUUUCCCACUAAAAAACCACCACCUUCGUAACGGUACGGCGGCACUGCUGUUUAGACCGGUCCCUGUGUGUGUGGCAGUGGUCGUGAAGCAUUCAUUCGCGCUCAAUUAGUCGGCCGUUUCGGUAAUAUCGUCGCCAGGUUUCUUUUGGGUCGAGUAUUGCCUUGUCGCCACAUUGUUCAAUUUGAGCUGCUCAACGGCUUGUUAUAUGUUACGGUGUUUUUUGUUGCCUUCCCUGCAUCUGAUGUGUUCCAGUGUUCAUCACCUUCAGACGGCAGUGGGUAAUUACUAAGAAUUUUUUUUAUUGUUUAUUUUAACGGAUACAGUCCACAUAAUAUAUGUAUUAGUUAUAAGAAAGGGGAUAUAUAUGUUAUUUAUUUUAUUAGUAAUUUGUGCUAAUUUCAUUUUAUCAUUGGUUCUUGUUGUUUAUUAUUAUUUUUCUAUCAUAACGGAAAUAUCAGAUUGUGAUUAUAUAUAUA